AUGCGGGAGGCAAAAGGCAAUGCAGUUUUUCUCUUCCGCAGCUAUAUUCGGAUUUGGGUGCUGACAGCACGCUUCCUUUCCCAGACCUUCUAUUCUCAACCUCUGCCUCCCUCCCCCUCCAAUCCUCGCACCUCUCUGACUUCCCUGAAGCGCCGUCAUUCUCUUAGUCUCCUAUCCAACUCCCACCGUUGCCCACCACCAUUUUCCAUGCAGAUGCCCCAUCUCCUCCUGGGGCUUGCGUUGAGAAUUCCUUCAAGCAGGUGGGCAAGGAACGGGUGCUUUAGAAGCAGGGGAGUGGGGGAUUCCCCUCCUUUCUACGUCUCCAGCUCCUCUCCGCCCCCCCGCCUUUCCUGCGUUGCUGCGCUUCCUGGGCCACUGGGUUUGGACUACUGCAGCAGCUGCUGUUCUGCUGUGUCAUGGAAGGAGGCAGUGGCAGGAGCUGGAGCACAAGGGGGAGGAGGGGAGGACCUGAUCUCCGGUAUCGAGGGGCUGGAGACAAACGCCCAGCUCCCACAGAGCAGCCUUAUAGCGGGGCAGGUGGCAGCCCUGCUACCUCGGGGACCAUGGUUUCUUCUCCAGACUUCAAAAUCUAGGCUCCUGGGGCUGUGUUUGUGGGUCACCCAAAUAUAUCUUGUGCUCCUGGCAUUCUCUCUACUGUUGGAUCCACAAUCCAACCCAUACUUCAGAGAAACUGAGGCGGACCAAUGGGAGGGCUACGAUGAGAAGAUGAAGGAGGAAGAGGAGAUGAGGAGAAGGAAAAAGAAGGGAAAAGUGAAGGAGGAGGAGGAAGAGGAGAAGAAAGGAGAGAGGAAGACAGGAGAAAAAGGAAGAGAAGAUGAGAAGGAAGAGGAAUAAGAAGAGGAGGAAGAGGAAGAAGAAGAAGAUGAUGAUGAUGAUAGCACCUAUAUCCUAGGUGUUACAUUGUGACAAUUGAAUGAGAUAUUUGUAAAGUGCUUAGCAUGGUACCUGGUAAAUGGUAGAUGUUUAAUAAAUAUUUGUUCCAUUCUUCCCCUUCCCAUAUGAAACAUUUAAAGUUUAUAGGAUGCUUUAUAUAAUUUCUCUCAUUUGAACUUUGUGAAAACCUGUAAGGUAAGUCCUUUUUGGGAAGGAUAAAAACUGCUGUGAUUUUACCAGUAUGAAGAAUUUUCCCUACUAAGGCAUCUGCUCUGAAAACAUAUACAGGACUCUAAGAAAUUAAAUAUGACUUGCCUAAAGCCAUACAAUGGGUAUGUGUCAGGGACAGAACUUGACCAAGCCUUUAUGACUCUGAGGUCUACCCCCUAAUUUACAUUGCUUUUCAAGGUAGGCUACAUACUAAAGGAACCCAAAUAAAACUAAAUUAAAUUCUUGAUUUUAUUAAAUGAUUAAAUGAUGUCUUGUCAAUUAAUUCUUCAUAUCUAACUAAAUAAUGAUCAUAUUUGUGAAGCAUUUUAUGCUUUACAAAAAUGGAUUUAGACUUCUGGGGAGAACAGGUCAAAUCCAGUUAAAAUAAUGGAAAUAUUUAUCUCACAAAACGAGUUGCUUAAGCUGAUGGCCCAUUUAUUUCAAGCACUCUUUAGUUCACUAAAAGAAUCAGACAUUCUCUUGGAGUUUGUUGUAAUGGGAUUUGGAGAAGUUGAAUUAAAUGUUCCAAGAAAUUUCUCCCAUGAUGCUUACAGGAGGCUCAAUCCCAUUAUAACUGUUGAACAAAACUCUUAUCAAUUUUCUGUGGCUCUAGUCCUAUCUAGGAACUCACUUUACCUCAUUUCUAGUAUUGAAUUGAAAAGUUAGAAUCUAAGAGCACUAUGAGACAGAAUGACAAGAAAAAUUAAAUGUAAAAGAUGCCGUAUUGGCUGCUUUUACUUUCUGUGUAAUGCUGAAUUUUUAAAAGAAAAGUUUAGCUUGAAUCUAUAGCUUUUAUGUAAAAAGAACUUUAAAACUGAUGCCAAGAUAUGGUGGGGGUUAAUUUCUAUUCAAAGUAAUAGUUCAGUGAAGAUUAAAUUUAAAAAGUCUAAAGUUUGUUAAGUUGGGUUUGGGGGGGAAUGAGACAGGAAGGAUUGAUUAACAGGAUCUAAGAAAUAAACAAGAAAUUUAAUCUUGUCAUGUUGCUUUCACACUUAAUUUUUAAAAACCAAAUCUUAAAAUAUAUGUCCCUGCUUUGAUAUUCUGUGUUUUCCUUGAAAAUUAAUAAACUAUCAAAAUCUCCUGAAACUCCAGAGUUUUACUACCAAAUACCUGUCUUUAAACUAAAAGGAAAUGAGAAAGUAAGGAGCUGUCCUAGGUCUGUGAAUAGAGGCUUUGGAUAAGAUCUUUCUUUUCUUCCAGAGUAUUUUUAAAAUAGCUUUAUUCUACCUCAUAAUGGAGUUGGAAGAAAUUUCAAGGGGAAAGACAUAAAAGAUCAUAAAUUCUUCCUUUUUAGUCCUUUUUGGGUUUUUUUCCUCACUCUAUUUGCAUGGUUGACCUCAUAAUAAGAUCAUUCAUUCAUUCAUUCAUUCAAUAAACAAAUCUUUAUUGAUCAUCUAUUCCAUGCAGAGCACAGUACUAGAUACUAUGAAGAAUUCAAACAAGUAUAAUAUGUGAUCCUUGAUCAAUCUGCCUAUGUAUCUAUCCAUCCAUUCACAGAUAUGUUAAUAUAUAGUCAAAUCUGACUCUUCAUGACCCCUUUUUGGAGUUUUCUUGGCAAAGAUAACUAGUGGUUUGCCAUUUCCUUAUCCAGCUCAUUUUAUAGAGGCAAAAAGGUUUAAAUGACUGAGGGUGAAUUUGAACUCAGUUCUUCCUGACUCCUGGUCCAGAACCCUUAUCGACCAUGCCACCUAGCUGCCCUUGUGCAUAUGUGUGUCUGUGCUGUGGCAAUAAGUGACAGGACAGACAACAUAACCAAUAAAUGUCAUGAGCUUAGAAGGGGAAAGCAAUAGGCUGAGUUGAUCAUAGAAGACUUCAUGGAGUACAUUCUUGAAUCAGACCUUAAGUGAAGGUUAGUAUUGACUAGAUUAGCCUCUAUUGAAAUAGAAUAGGGAGUGGAAUUUGAGAUAAAGGGGAUGACAUAGAGGUGAUCACACAUAUAGGAUAUUCUAGGAACAGUGAUAGACCGUGCUGGUUAGAAUGGGGCAGGUAAAUAAUGAAAACUAAGGCUGGAAAGGUAUAUUAGGUCUAAGCAAUAGAGGACCUUGAAAGUCAGUUCUGCCCUGCACAUAGUGAAAAAUGGAAGAUUUUUGACAAGAGAAGUGAUAUUGUGAAAGCCAAGCCUGAGGAAGUGUAGCAUCUGGUAAUGAUGUAUAAAACAGAUUGAAAGGGGGAGACAUUGGAGGCUGGAACAUCCCCAAAGUAUUAAAAAUGAUGACGAUGUAACCAUGAUAGCCCAAAUGAAGUUAAGGAACUGAUGCUAGUCAUAGGCUAGAGCUAGGAUCAACUGCUACAAUCCUCUCAUUUUAUAUCUAGGGAAACUGAGGCUGAAACAUUUCUCUACCAUCACCAAGGUCGCACAAGUACUGAGUAGCUGACCCAGCCUUUCAGUCCAGCUCUUCUGACUCUAAACACAGUACUCUUUUUCACUGUACCAUAAUUAAUUUCUACUAUGUUCCAAAAUGCCUGACAGGACUAGAGGGCAUAUUUUCUGGAGGCAACAGAAGUUGGUGAGAGUGUAGGUGGAAGCAGAAUACUGUAGAAUAAACUUAAUGCUGGAUAUUCAAGAAUAGAUAAGGAUAAUGUCCUCCAAUGGAAACUAGAAAUUGUUGAUUGAUCUUAACCUAUGUUAUUAAUUGUUAAACAAAUACCUAUGUAAUAUUUUAUUUCUGAGUUAAUGUUUUAGAUGUAAGAGAUACAAGAUCUAAAUAAAAAUUCUUUGUUGCUUUUUGUAAA